AUGUUCCUUGAUGAUGUUACCAGAUGUGGUGUUUGGAUUUUGGACGGGGAUACUCGGCUUGAACGCCUUUUAAAAUUUGCCCUAACACCAAAUAGUUUAGAACAUACACUAGUCAUGCUUGUUGUGGAUAUGUCAAGACCCUGGACAAUUAUGGAGUCGUUAAACAAAUGGGCCAGGAUUCUUAGAGAUCAUAUAGAAUUGUUAGAAGUAGAUCCAGAGAAAACAAAUGAAUUAGAAAAACAAUUGAUUAAGCAUUUUCAAGAGUAUACAGAACCAGAGAGUGGCGAUAAUUCACCACGAAGGACGUCAGCUGUCACGCCCACCGCAGACGAAGAAAAAGUUAUACUUCCAUUAGGAGAAACUACACUAACACAUAACCUGGGUGUGCCUAUUGUAGUUGUAGUCUCAAAAUCAGAUGCAAUUUCAAGUUUGGAAAAAGAACACGAGUACAGAGAUGAACAUUUGGAUUUUAUUCAACAGUAUGUUCGAAAAUUCUGUCUCAAUUAUGGGGCAGCCUUAUUCUAUUCAUCAGUAAAAGAAAACAAGAAUUGUGAUUUAAUCUACAAGUAUAUGAUACAUAGGCUAUUUGAUUUUCCAUUCAACACACCGGCAUUAGUGGUAGAAAAAGACUCUCUCUUUAUUCCAUCAGGUUGGGAUAACCUUAAGAAGAUCAGCAUUCUGUAUGAAAACAUGCAAGUUAUGCGUCCAGAAGAUCCAUAUGAAAGUGUCAUUAGUAGACCACAUGUCAGAAGACACGUGCAAGAUAUGAAAGAUAUCACAGCUGAAGAUGAGCAAAUGUUCUUGCUAAAACAACAGGCAUUACUUACUAAGAACAUCACAGCUAAUAGACAGCAGGAUUCUCCACAGCGGCCAGCAGCUGGCAUUACAAGGACACCAGAUAGACCAGGUAGAGCUACUGUAGCCAGUGUGUCACCUAUUACAUCUACUGGAAAAGCCAAGAUUGAUAGUAAAGCAGCAGCAUCAGGAAGUGAAGGGGUACUCGCCAAUUUCUUUAAUAGUUUACUCAGUAAAAAGCCAGCUACAUCACCAGGCACACCAACAGGGGCAACUGGUAGUGUUGGUAAACCAGAGAGGACGACAGCACGAAGAGAUGCAGCUGCUGAGUUGGACCGACUUACACAGACAAGGAAAUCACUAGGGGAACAGAGGGCAAAACAAAAUUCAACGUGAACCUGUCUUUACUUUAGAGUAGCUGUUGUAGAAAAGGCUAAUAAUUCUUUCUCAGUAAACAUUUGAUGUAUGGUAUAAUUAUUAUCUAAAGUGCAUAGUGGUUCAAUAGUCUUUCUGAGUUGCUGUUGCAUUCUACAAAGCUUUCUGACUGGCUGUUACUCUUGUAUGCUCACUGCGUACAUACUUUAGUGUUGUGUAGCCAGCCAGACCCACAGCAUUUUCAAAAUUGACUAUUAACAGUAUUGUCCUACUGUGAUUUAAAUUGCAUUGCCAUACACAAAAUGGUUCAUUCAUUGCUUUGUAUAUACCAUUUUAUUAUAACUUUAGUGCCUCUCCUAGAUCAGUAUUGGUUCCAUUUCUUGACUUGUGUCUGUACUUUAUGUGGUUUAUUAGUUGUGACAUGGACUGGCGUAUUUAUGUUAUCUGACAGUCAGUGUCAAGUAAAAAUCAGCAAAUUGUACCGAGACAGUAAAGCAGGGUAGUUGGUUUGGAUCAUAUACAAAUUAGUACUGCCACUAAUUGUGUAACGUCUAGUAAUUUUUUG